AUGUUCUUCAUGUCUGCGUUCGGCGACGACGCUGAUCCGAGUGAAUCGGAUGAGGCGGGUAGCACGUCCGAAGAUCAGCCGACUCAAGAAGCCGCGGCCUCUGGGGAAGCGGCGGAGGGAUCUCUCUGGGGAUUUUUCGGGGGAAACAGCGCGAAGAGCGAUGCCGCGAACGCCCAGAAGGAAGAAGCCCACGCGCCUGCCGCGACGGCUGGCGGAUGGUUCAGCUGGGGAGGCGGAGGGGCGGAGGAGCCCGCCGCUAACGAGAGCAAAGAGGACAGUGCUUCCAGCGACGCCAAAGACUCCUCUGAGGCGGUGACCUCGGAGACAGCUCAAACCCGUGCCGCUGAACCCGAAACGUUGACUGUGGAUGCAAGUGACGGAGAGGGUGCAAAGAAGAAGAAGGAAAAGAAAGCAUCUGGGAAGAAGAAGAAAGAUAAAGCAGGCAAGGAUCUGGAGGAAGAGGCCGAGUUGCGGGCCAGGAAAUCGAGGGAGUUUGCGAAAGACCAGGAAGAAAAGGACGGACCCUCUGAAAAGGAAGCGUCUCCGGAGUCCGGUCCUUCUUCAACGGAAAGCCCAGGACAGGAGGAAGGCGUCGCGAGAGAGAACCAACAGGAAAAAGUGCAGGAUCCAACGCCUCCACCAGAAGAGGCGCAACAGGCGGAGGCGUCCAGUGGGGGAGGUUUCUGGAGUUUCUUUGGUCCCGCCCAAACCGAAGAGCCUCCGCCCUCGGAAGAACCGCCGAAGACUGAUGCCGCGACAGACGAAGGCCCAUCUCCGCCUGAAAACUCGGGCGGCUUCGGCUGGGGAUUCUUCAGCACACCCCGCGCUGACGACCCUCCGUUGCCUGCUUCCGAGCAGAGUGAAUCGCCGGGCGAAGCGUCCAGCGACUUGGGCCAUGCCGGUGCGAAGCUUCCAGACGCCAAGAACCCUUCGGACGCGCCUGAAGGACCGCCCUCCGCACCCGAGGAACGCGCAGGCUUCGGAUGGGAGUUCUUCUCCCCAGCGGCAGCGGAGGUUUCGUCUGACAGUGCUGGGACACCAGCGUCGUCGCCGCGGACGCCGCCUAACGAACCCGCGCCGGCGUCAGGGGGGUGGGGGUUCUUUGGAUUUGGAGGCGGCGAGGUGACUGAAGCGCCGAAGGACGAAGAAGCUCAGGAGGGCCAUGGACAGCAAGGGACUGGAGAAGGCGCCCCGCACAGUCAGGCCCUGAGAGCGGCGUCAGACGAUUCGAGCCACGAUCAGGACGAAGUUCCGGAAAAAAAAGAGUCUAAACAGAAGGACAAAGAACGGGACUCGCAAGCGGCAGAUGGGACGGAUCGGCAAGAAGCGAAGCCGUCCAUAGGCAACUCAGGUACUGACGGAGAAGAAUCCAAGACGGCGCAAGCGAGAGAGGAGGCAGGCGGAGGGGAAUCAAAGAAGGAUGCGCCUCCAGCAACCGAUACGGACGCGGAGACAAAGGAACGCGACACUGCUCAAGAGGAGAAGCCGAACACCCUCAGCUCGUCUGUGCCAAAGUCAAAACCGAAACCCCCGCGUAGCGCCAAGGCAAAACCGCCUCCCCUUCAGCUUCCCGGUGCACUCCAAACCUCUGAUCUGCCGGCUGGGCAAGGUUCUCCCCGGUCAGGAGGGCCCCACGAAAAAGAGCAGGCGUCGCCCACGUCUUCGCCUGCUGCGCCUGAGCGCACAGAAAAGGAUACGACCGCAAGCGAGCCUCCUCACCCCGCGAACGCUCUGCAAAACCUUGAGUCGCCACGCAGUAAGGACGCCUUGCCCAGUUCGUCGCGUUCAACCCAAGGCGUGCCCCAGGGCAAACCUGGGGAAUCUGGCGAUGACGAAUCCAGUCAGCUGGAAGGGACAGCGGGAGGAAGUGAUAAGCGGGAGGGCCUGAAGUUGGACGGCGAGGUUCAGGCAACGGAUUCCCAGGCGGAGAUAGACGGAAAGGCCGCACCCCCAGCCCUGAGCAAAACGGCCCUAAAAAAGAAGCCGCCGCCUCCCAAAGGUCCAUCUGCUCAUCCUCCCAGUGAGACACGCGCGCUCUCCACGCAGCCAGCCGAGCCUGCCAAAGCCAGCACUAAAGAAAAAGAAACCGCGCAGUCAGACAAACCAACCCAGGAGAAGUUGGCCACAAAGGGCGAGGAUGAGAAGGCACCGUCGACUCCGAAGGACCAGGACAAGAAGGCGGAGAAGCUCGACGAGGAGCCAGCGAAAGAGGAGAAGGUGGCGAAGGCUCAAGAAGAGACAGCGAAAGAGGAGAAGAGGGAGAGUUCGGACGAGGCGACAGGGGAGAAGAAGGAGGGGUCGGAAGAGGCGAAGGAGGAGAAGAAGGAGACCCUGCCGGGUGAGGCGGAGGGGAAGGCGGGAGGAGCGACGCUGGAGACAGUUGCUGCGAAGAAGAAGGCGCCGCCUCGGAAGAGCCUGCCAGGUCCGCCUGGGGGUAAGAAGGGAGUGCCGGGAGUGAAGCCAGACGAGGGUGGAGCAGGCGGCGCCUCAGGGGCCAAAGCGGGGGCGCCGUCAAAGGGCGAGGAUGAGAAGGCGCCAUUGACUCCGAAGGACGAGGACAAGAAGGCGGAGAAGCCUGAGGAGGAGACAGCGAAAGAGGAGAAGGCGGAGAAGGCUCAAGAAGAGACAGCGAAAGAGGAGAAGAGGGAGAGUUCGGACGAGGCGACAGGGGAGAAGAAGGAGGGGUCGGAAGAGGCGAAGGAGGAGAAGAAGGAGACCCUGCCGGGUGAGGCGGAGGGGAAGGCGGGAGGAGCGACGCUGGAGACAGUUGCUGCGAAGAAGAAGGCGCCGCCUCGGAAGAGCCUGCCAGGUCCGCCUGGGGGUAAGAAGGGAGUGCCGGGAGUGAAGCCAGACGAGGGUGGAGCAGGCGGCGCCUCAGGGGCCAAAGCGGGGGCGCCGUCAAAGGGCGAGGAUGAGAAGGCGCCAUUGACUCCGAAGGACGAGGACAAGAAGGCGGAGAAGCCUGAGGAGGAGACAGCGAAAGAGGAGAAGGCGGAGAAGGCUCAAGAAGAGACAGCGAAAGAGGAGAAGAGGGAGAGUUCGGACGAGGCGACAGGGGAGAAGAAGGAGGGGUCGGAAGAGGCGAAGGAGGAGAAGAAGGAGACCCUGCCGGGUGAGGUGGAGGGGAAGGCGGGAGGAGCGACGCUGGAGACAGUUGCUGCGAAGAAGAAGGCGCCGCCUCGGAAGAGCCUGCCAGGUCCGCCUGGGGGUAAGAAGGGAGUGCCGGGAGUGAAGCCAGACGAGGGUGGAGCAGGCGGCGCCUCAGGGGCCAAAGCGGGGGCGCCGUCAAAGGGCGAGGAUGAGAAGGCGCCAUUGACUCCGAAGGACGAGGACAAGAAGGCGGAGAAGCCUGAGGAGGAGACAGCGAAAGAGGAGAAGGCGGAGAAGGCUCAAGAAGAGACAGCGAAAGAGGAGAAGAGGGAGAGUUCGGACGAGGCGACAGGGGAGAAGAAGGAGGGGUCGGAAGAGGCGAAGGAGGAGAAGAAGGAGACCCUGCCGGGUGAGGCGGAGGGGAAGGCGGGAGGAGCGACGCUGGAGACAGUUGCUGCGAAGAAGAAGGCGCCGCCUCGGAAGAGCCUGCCAGGUCCGCCUGGGGGUAAGAAGGGAGUGCCGGGAGUGAAGCCAGACGAGGGUGGAGCAGGCGGCGCCUCAGGGGCCAAAGCGGGGGCGCCGUCAAAGGGCGAGGAUGAGAAGGCGCCAUUGACGCCGAUGGACGAGGACAAGAAGGCGGAGAAGCCUGAGGAGGAGACAGCGAAAGAGGAGAAGGCGGAGAAGGCUCAAGAAGAGACAGCGAAAGAGGAGAAGAGGGAGAGUUCGGACGAGGCGACAGGGGAGAAGAAGGAGGGGUCGGAAGAGGCGAAGGAGGAGAAGAAGGAGACCCUGCCGGGUGAGGCGGAGGGGAAGGCGGGAGGAGCGACGCUGGAGACAGUUGCUGCGAAGAAGAAGGCGCCGCCUCGGAAGAGCCUGCCAGGUCCGCCUGGGGGUAAGAAGGGAGUGCCGGGAGUGAAGCCAGACGAGGGUGGAGCAGGCGGCGCCUCAGGGGCCAAAGCGGGGGCGCCGUCAAAGGGCGAGGAUGAGAAGGCGCCAUUGACUCCGAAGGACGAGGACAAGAAGGCGGAGAAGCCUGAGGAGGAGACAGCGAAAGAGGAGAAGGUGGAGAAGGCUCAAGAAGAGACAGCGAAAGAGGAGAAGAGGGAGAGUUCGGACGAGGCGACAGGGGAGAAGAAGGAGGGGUUGGAAGAGGCGAAGGAGGAGAAGAAGGAGGGGCUGGAAGAGGCAAAAGAGGAGAAGAAGGAGAUCCUGCCGGGUGAGCCUCCAAUGAAGGCGGGUGUGCCUGGGACGACCGAGGCAGCCAUCCCGGAGGAGGCGAGAGAAGGUGAAGAUGGCAAGACAGAGACGCCGACAGCAGGGGGCGAGACGGAGGCGAAGGCAGGGGGUCCGACGCUGGCCCUGCCUGCACCGAAGGCGAAGCUGCAGCCACUGAAGGCCUUGCCGGGACAGGGCUUACCGAAGAAGGGCCCUCCUCCAAUGAAGGCGGGUGUGCCUGGGACGACCGAGGCAGCCAUCCCGGAGGAGGCGAGAGAAGGUGAAGAUGGCAAGACAGAGACGCCGACAGAAGGGGGCGAGACGGAGGCGAAGGCAGGGGGUCCGAAGCUGGCCCUGCCUGCACCGAAGGCGAAGCUGCAGCCACUGAAGGCCUUGCCGGGACAGGGCUUACCCAAGAAGGGCCCUCCUCCAAUGAAGGCGGGUGUGCCUGGGACGACCGAGGCAGCCAUCCCGGAGGAGGCGAGAGAAGGUGAAGAUGGCAAGACAGAGACGCCGACAGAAGGGGGCGAGACGGAGGCGAAGGCAGGGGGUCCGAAGCUGGCCCUGCCUGCACCGAAGGCGAAGCUGCAGCCACUGAAGGCCUUGCCGGGACAGGGCUUACCGAAGAAGGGCCCUCCUCCAAUGAAGGCGGGUGUGCCUGGGACGACCGAGGCAGCCAUCCCGGAGGAGGCGAGAGAAGGUGAAGAUGGCAAGACAGAGACGCCGACAGAAGGGGGCGAGACGGAGGCGAAGGCAGGGGGUCCGAAGCUGGCCCUGCCUGCACCGAAGGCGAAGCUGCAGCCACUGAAAGCCUUGCCGGGACAGGGCUUACCGAAGAAGGGCCCUCCUCCAAUGAAGGCGGGUGUGCCUGGGACGACCGAGGCAGCCAUCCCGGAGGAGGCGAGAGAAGGUGAAGAUGGCAAGACAGAGACGCCGACAGAAGGGGGCGAGACGGAGGCGAAGGCAGGGGGUCCGAAGCUGGCCCUGCCUGCACCGAAGGCGAAGCUGCAGCCACUGAAAGCCUUGCCGGGACAGGGCUUACCGAAGAAGGGCCCUCCUCCAAUGAAGGCGGGUGUGCCUGGGACGACCGAGGCAGCCAUCCCGGAGGAGGCGAGAGAAGGUGAAGAUGGCAAGACAGAGACGCCGACAGAAGGGGGCGAGACGGAGGCGAAGGCAGGGGGUCCGAAGCUGGCCCUGCCUGCACCGAAGGCGAAGCUGCAGCCACUGAAAGCCUUGCCGGGACAGGGCUUACCGAAGAAGGGCCCUCCUCCAAUGAAGGCGGGUGUGCCUGGGACGACCGAGGCAGCCAUCCCGGAGGAGGCGAGAGAAGGUGAAGAUGGCAAGACAGAGACGCCGACAGAAGGGGGCGAGACGGAGGCGAAGCCAGGGCGUCCGAAGCUGGCACAGCGUCCUCUGAAAGUGCACCUUGAAGCUCCAAAGGACGCGCCACGUCCCGUUUUAGCUAGGAAACGAGUCUUUGCGGUGAAGGCAGGUGGGCAGCCGGGGGCCGGUGUGGACAUGCCGCCGAGCCAAGUCUCGAAUCACACAGAGCGCGAGGACGACAGGACAGAGACGCCGACAGAAGGGGGCGAGACGGAGGCGAAGGCAGGAGGUCCGAAGCUGGCACAGCGUCCUCUGAAAGUGCACCUUGAGGCUCCAAAGGACGCGCCACGUCCCGUUUUAGCUAGGAAACGAGUCUUUGCGGUGAAGGCAGGUGGGCAGCCGGGGGCCGGUGUGGACAUGCCGCCGAGCCAAGUCUCGAAUCACACAGAGCGCGAGGACGACAGGACAGAGACGCCGACAGAAGGGGGCGAGACGGAGGCGAAGGCAGGGGGUCCGAAGCUGGCCCUGCCUGCACCGAAGGCGAAGCUGCAGCCACUGAAGGCCUUGCCGGGACAGGGCUUACCGAAGAAGGGCCCUCCUCCAAUGAAGGCGGGUGUGCCUGGGACGACCGAGGUAGAUACGCGUAGACUCGCUGUGGUCGCUGGCGCUGCUGUAGCUCGUAGCAGCGCUGGGAAGGAAUCACUGGGUUUGCCGCCUAGUGGCUCCGAUCGAACAGUCUCCGGAUCGCCCAAAGGCGCCCAACUGUCGAUGGCCGCAGUAAGGCCCCAGGCCACGGAGCAGGAAGGACAUGUCUCACGGGCGCUCGUGCCGUUGAGUUCUGCACGCGUAGGGGCUUUCGUGCGUCAAACGAAACUCGCCGUUGAGGAACAGGGGAGCCCAGCGCCGGCACCAGUUGCAUGUGGGCGGCUGUCUCCCUUAGCUGCAACAUCCGGAAGGCUGCAGCCGACGUCGAGUCGUGCUCCGCAAACGAAGGGAGCGACUCUUGUCGCGAACGCGUCUGUCAACGUCAUUGCGAACUUCCGAGAACAGGCAACCCUGUCUCUACAAACAGUCCAGGCUCCCCAGGAGUCACGUCCUCCGAGUCCAGCAGGCAGCCCGUCCCGGCUCUGGUCGCCGUCAUCGCAACACAUUUCAUCCGAACGGCCCAGACAAGUCCCAGCGACGCCCAGAGGUAGAGGUGCGAACCUGUUUUCCGACAGGCUCUUCGAAAGCCCGCAGACACCUGCAGAGUUGGGCACAGACCCUAGUGGCGAUGGCCAGGAAGUUCGGUCGUAUGAGGUCACACCAAGCCUGCUGCCAAAGUUCAGUAAAAUCGAUGGGGCUGAGUUGGUGGGACUCCCCACAUCCCACGGAGGCUUGUUGCCGGCCCGAGCUCGGCUCGCGGCCCUACAGCUUACUCCGCGUGCUGGCGAGCCAGGAGAGCCGUUGAAGGCCCACGCGGUCGAGGGUCGGGCUCCAUUCCAAGCCGGUGUUGACAAGCAAAGUGGGGCACAGUCGCCGAUGGGAAAGGGUCUGACGGAGACCAACCACCUCGCACUCGAGAGCGUCUACAUCCCAGGGUGUCCUGCGUCUCUCGCGGACGCGUUCAGUGCCGCGCUGUUCCCUCGACUGGACCUAAACUCGGUUCCCUCCGGAACGUGUCUAUACGAUUUGGGUCCCCGAGCAGUGUUGGCGUGCACGGGGCCGGUCUAUUCGCUGGACGAUAUUGUUUUGCCCGAUUCUCAAAGGCAGGUCGAGGAUGUGGAGGCGCAGCUUCAAAUCGCAUCGCGCGUCCACGGCGCAUUCGGAGUCUACGACGCGCCUGAUGGAGUCUACCCGUGGGGGGAUUCUGGGUCGAGCACAUCUGGGCAUAAUAGCACGAGCGUCACGAAGCUGCCAAAGGUGCUCUUUGGAACUGCCGUCACCGUGUGGAACGAAAUGCUGGUCUACCAGCAGCCGCAGCUCGUUCUCCUCGUAGGGACUGACAUCAAAGCGUGGGACACUGCCGUUCCUAGGCUCAUUCUGGACCUUGUCUCCCUCGGCAAUCUCUCUCUCGGCCUUGACAACGCCAUCGCGCAGUACGUGCACAAUGCUUGCCGGCUGCUCCGGCUAGUCGGGUCAGUGAGGUCUGCGGAGGACGGCACCUUUUCCGGGGAAGCGAAACUGCCGAGCACCUCCCUGCAUCGGUGGGACGUCCAUUUCACACCUGAAGGGCAUUUCGCAGGUGUCCACAUCUCCGGCUGGCUGCUUGAUCUGCCGGGGCUCUGUGGAAGCGGUCACGGCUUUCGCGAGGACAUUCUUCUCAGAUUCACUGUCGGCGUUCUCGACAAGGAAGAUUUCUUCCUAGGGCCCAAUUUCCCCUCUGGCUGUCUCCGAGCUCUGUUGGGCGAAGACACAGCCUCCUUGUCCCUAACUGAAGACGAAAGGGAACGUCUCGCCACGGACUGCGCAGAUCUCCUGGUGCAGGUGCUCAUGCUUGACGAGUCUCAGGGCGUUUGUCUCAUCAAGAUCUUCUUGGCGGUCAGUAUCCUGGCGAGAGAGAACUCGUGCGUAUCGUCCGAGUCCAUCUCUGCGGUUGCACAUCUCCUUGGAAUCUCGGCUUCCGACCUGGGUGCUCAUCUUCGCACCGCGGUGGAAGGUCCCCACGUGGAAGCAGCGAAUCUGGGCUCGGUGAUCGCGAGGACAUUGUACCGGCAAGUUUUUCAGUUUAUCGUUGCACGGAUCAACGCGGUUUUGCAGAACCUAUUUCGGCUGGGAAAUCAGACCUUUGAUACGUAUGUUAGAAACCCGUUCUCCGUGUCUAUCCUCGACCCCCCCACUGAACUGGACGCUCUGCCGACUGUAUCGGUUGGCAAGCUCGGAUGCUACGCAGCUCAGGCAGUAGGAUUCAGCUUCGCGUUCCGCGGCCUGCGCCGCCUGCAAAAGCUGCUUCACCUCGGAGAAUUUUCACUUCCCAGCUACCUGGACGAGAUCGGGAAUUUUACGCCGACGGACGCUUUCUCGGAGUCCUUCCUCCUCCCAGACUCGGGGCUUCUACCUUUCCUCGUAACUGGACCAAAAUCAGAACAAGACAUUUUGAGAUGGCUUGAGGACCACACGGGUUCUCCCCGGAACGAAGACCUGAACUUUUUCUCGCGAACCUUCAAGCUGGCUUCUGAGUCCCACCUCGAAGUCGCGCUUCCCCGCGAGAAAGUCCAACUGGACGUGUCAGAAGCCGCCUCUUUCUCCCAACCAUUGGAUCCUCUCGUCGUGAGCGUUUGUAACUUCAUUAUACACCAGUCAGAGCCGACCCGCCGUCUACGGUUGCCGGGUAUUACGCGUAGCUCGGGGCUUCAACGCAGUGAAGGUCACCUACUCUACGCGUCGCUGCAAGAAGCGUGGAAUCCUUUGCUGGAGUCACGGCCUGUUGUGCUCCAGCGUGGAGCGACUGACGGAUGGUCGGCACUUUCUCACAGCCUGGAGGCGAUAAAACAGUGGGAACAACACGGGUUCCCCCUUUUCGUCGUGAUUGCAGAACUGCCAAAGUACUGUCCGAACCUGUUCCCCCCAGACUGUGUACACAACUUGGACCGUCUGAUGCUCUACUUGUCCUCGUAUAUCAACACCGAAGGCGUCCUUCUCGGCAACUCUCUGCUCGCGCUGCGCAGUCAGGAAUACGAGCGUCUCCAGCAACUGCAGGAGGAGGCGGCCGAAGUCGUCGCCAGGCGUCGCGCCUGGCUGGCCGACGUUAUGGAACUGGACUCGGAGAUCAGAGAUAUCGUGAAUGGCCAGGAGGACUCGCAGCACGGGUCGCCUUCCACAAAUAGGUUUGGGCCAUCCUCGUCUGAGUUGGGGGCCUCUUGCUUCCCGUUAUCGCAAUGGGCCGCGCUUCAGGAAGCCGCGAAGGAGAGUAUGGAUAUUCUCGAGCUAGACGACGACUCUGUGUCGAUGCGUGGGCUCUCGACCCCGGGGAGUCCGCGAUACGAGGACAGAUCUCCAGCGAUGUCGGCUCGAGUCGAGCAGGGGAUUUGUCGGUCGCGUCCCGGAUCUCUUGGCAGCGAGCACUGUGAACGAGGCGCGGGAAAGGCUGCGACGCGUGCCCCGUCAGCAGCGCUCCCUCACACCUCCCUCAAGGUGCUUUCCCAGGUCAGGAGAGCCCAUCAGGCAGAGUCCCGUGCGGUCGGCGGGCGUCCCGCGCCGGCGAGCUCGCCCCAGUCGCCAGCCACGCCUUUCGUCGUGGACAGGAGCCCAAGCACAGCUCGUUCCGGUCCGAUCGGAGACCCUCUGUGCCUCCUGCGUGGACCGACCAGCCUUCCCGCAGCCUCUGCAGGGCACUCGCCGACGCCAAAGUCCGCAGUGGUUUCCAGGGUGAACUCUCCGCAAGCUGGUGGAGUUCCCCAACAGGUUAAGGCGUCCCCGCGUGGCUACGGCGAGGCAAGUGCAGAGAGGGGUGCGCGAAACGGUGUCCAAAAUGAAGCGUUGAGUGUCUUGGUGCAGGGGAGUCGCGGUUCUGGUGCACAGCUCCUCCCGAGGUCACCUGCCUCGGAGGCCAAGCGGCCACCUUCGGCUCUGUCCGUCGUCCGGGAACGGCCCGAGCCUGCCGGCAGACCCCUAAAGGUGCCAGAGGAGCCGGCUGUUCACAAUGUGCAUCUGAACGAAAGCAAGAGGUUGGCGGCCGAGAGGGAAAGGCUCGUCCGCGAGAACGAGCGGCUUCAGUUGGAGAACCAACGGCUGCAAACGGAGAACUUACGACUGGAGAAUGAGCGCCUCCACGAGGAAAACGCCAAGCUCAGUCGGCAGCAGGGUCGACUCAAAACACGCCUGGUAGUGGGGGACGGAGGCGCCACGAUCGGCUCUGCCGCCAGCUCGAGACAGGCACUGCGGGUCGCCCCAACACCCGGCGGUUCUCCAGCUCUUGACAGCAAAUCGCUCAUCUCUCAUGCCAGCGAUGCUGGCGAGAACCCCAAAGCCACUGCAUGCGUGGUGCAUCUAUCGAAGCAGCCCGCCUAUAGUCCUCACAAGAUAGUGGAGCCGCAAGACGAUUCGAAGGCUCCUCAGAGUGGGAAGCCUGAGGACGCGACGGCAGAAAGCACUCCUGCUGAGGAGUCGUCGGGUACCCCUGCGGAGGAACCAGUGACUCCAACUCCGAAGGCUCCUCAGAGUGGGUUGCCUGACGACGCGACGGCAGAAAGCACUCCUGCUGAGGAGUCGUCGGGUACCCCUGCGGAGCGACUGGGGCCAAAUCCAGAGGCUCCAUUGAGUGAGGAACCGGAUGGCGCCACGACGCAAAGCACACCUUCCAGGCACUCGUUAGCUAGUCCUCUGGAAUCAGCUGCCCCGAAUCAGGCCCAGGCUCCCAAGACUCUCCCUGUGUCUCCAAAGAAAGCGGCAAUGCCCGUCCUCUCAGAGAGUCCCACGGCAAAGGGUCCGCCCGCUCCGAGCACUCUGCCGUUGGCGAAACGCAUGACGCCACCAGCAAAAGCCGAAUCAGUAGUUGUGAGACAUUCUCUGUCACCGCCUCCAGAAACGCAGCAGGUCGAUCUGGAGGAGCAAGUUGACGAACCACUCUCAGCGAACGAUUCGUUUGAGCAUGCGUCCUCGCCGGCAGCUGGUGCGGCGUCAUUUCCUCACCAGGGAGGGAGCGUCAAAGCGGCGGAUCCUGCUGCCGACCUUUACACCCUUCAAGAUGAAGUCGACGACGAGAGAGAAACUGUUUCGUUUGAAGAUGACACGGAUUUGCUCGGCAAGGGGAUGCGUGCCGUGUGGGUGCAGGCGGCUUUCUCAGGCGUGUGGAAGGGCGUGGUGUACUGGCCGAAACACUUAGAGAAGUUGGCGGAGGCAUCCGAAGACAAAGGGGCAACGCGGUUGAACCGAGCCGGAAAGAAGUGCGUCGAACUCACCGCUGCUGCCUUCUUCGAUUCUUUCGUCGAUACUGCGAAGGUCACGGCUGAGCGGGAUCGUCAACUCGUUGUCUCGGCGGGUCCCGUCGGGGACUUCCCGCAACCAAGGGGGACGGUACGCAUAACGCGGGGGCGAAUUCGAGGCAGAGAGGCCGGGCACGUGCGGGAUUUGGUUCCCGCGGACGGUCCAGAGCGUCGUGGUUCUGCCUCGUCACCCACGGGAUACUCCCGAGUCGAACGGCGGGACCGCGGCUCGGAGUGCCAGGGAGACCGGCUUCCGCUGCAGCUGCUGCAAGACGAGCUUUUGUUUGACUGCUCGAGUCAAGUCGGAACGGGGGCAGAUUUCUUGGCUUCGAAUGCAUCUGACCUGGAGGGGACGUGGAACGGGAAAGUUGUUUGGAAACCACCUGCAACGGAGUACGGCAAUGCUGCCAAGGAACUCUCAACCAUCAUUCUCGUGGACCUAACGCAGCCGGACGGGGGUGUCCACGACCCUCGAGGGCCAUUAAAGGUUUUCCGCUCAGACCAUGACGGCGCCCCAAGGCCUAUAGCGGUUCCACAAAGGUGCGAGUCCAUUGCGGAGAAACUGAAAACCAUUUUCGACACUAUGGAUGUCUCAGUUGCUGUGGCGUCUGGCUUCGUCGCCAUCGUGUUUCUCAAUCACGAGACGGCGCCCUCUGUGUGCUCUGCAGGUGUCCCCAUCGGCGCUGGGAACGUGUACUUCAUUCCGCCGAACCAAUCUGGAAUGCUGGCGAUCACGACACACUCACACCACCGAGACACCGGGCUGUGCAUUCAGGAGCCUGACGAUCAGAUCACUACCUUUGCUGACUAUGGAGAGCGCCGGCGAAAAGUAUGUGGAUCUUCAACAACUUGUUUCGUUGCGCAAAAAACGCAGAGCCUGUCGAGUGGUCUUCCACUAGGAAGCAGCGGACCGGGGCUGCAUGCGCAGGGUCUGAGUCUCAUGAGCAUCAAGGUCGUCGAGCGCGUUUUGCCCGAAAGUCACCCCCUUGUGUCUUGCAAGCAACAACCAGAACUGUGUUAA